CUUCCGGAAAUGUCAGCCCCCUCAACACACUUCCCAAAUGUACAGAAAAUUCGUGAUGUUGUUCGAAAUGAACUCGCCACGCUUUUGUUGUCGUUUAAAGGAAAGAAGGAUUUGGUGCUGGAAUCUGACCUAAUGAAACCACUGGAUCGCAUAGCAGGAGCUUCUCUUUUAAAGCAACAUGGAGUUGACAAGAUUUUUAAACUGGAUCCCUCACAGAAAUCUAUACAGGGAUGUGACCAACGUAUUUACCUGGUGAGACCAAGAAUGCGGACCAUGAAGCUGAUAGCAGAUCACAUAAGUGGAGAAAAAAACCAUGGGACAGAGAGGAAGUACAAAAUUAUCAUGGUUCCCAGAAAGCUACAUGUGUGUGAGAUGAUUCUGGAACAUGAGGGUGUGUUUGGAGACGUGACCCUAGAUGAACUUCCACUUGACCUCAUUCCUCUGGACCGUGACAUCCUGUCGCUGGAGCUCUCAGAAUUCUUCAAAACGUUCUACUUGGAGAAUGACCAUGUGUGGCUUCACACUGUAUCCAAGUCUUUGAUAGGACUUCAGGCUCUCAUUGGGAUGAUACCAAAUAUCUAUUGCAUAGGUCGGGGGUCAAAGAUGGUUUAUGAUCUCAUGAAUUCCAUCCUUGGAGAAAAACUUGCCGGAACAGAUUACAGUCGGAAUGAAAUAGGCAACCUGAUUCUCAUAGACAGAGAUGUGGAUUAUGUGACCCCCCUCUGCUCACAGCUGACCUAUGAGGGCUUACUGGAUGAAGCGUUUGGUAUCAACAGUGGUUAUGUCGAGUUUGGCUUGGACGUGACCGGUAAAGAACAGUCGGUCAAACUAAUGCUGAGCAGUGAGGAUGAGAUAUUUGAAGAAGUAAGAAACCGCCAUUUUUCCCAUGUUUUUUCCUACCUGAGCAACAAGGCAAAAUCGCUGCAGUCUGAUUUUGAUAAACGACACACACUGAAAUCUGUCGGUGACAUGAAGAAUUAUGUGGCUAACGAGUUAAAAAAUCUGAAAAAUCAGAAGGCAGUUUUAGCACAUCAUAUUGGGGCAUGUGAAGUGAUACUUGGUAAGAAGACAAAAGGAGACUUCCAGGAGAUUCUACAAGCAGAACACUCCAUGCUGGAGGGUUCUGGGUUGAAGGACAACAUCAAUUACAUAGAGGAACUCAUUAACAAACAGCAUAACAUUACUCAGACCUUGAGACUUCUGUGUCUGUUGUCAAUGACACAAGACGGAAUCCCCAGUAAGGAGUUUAAGUCACUCAAGACACAGUUUUUACAUAGUUAUGGGUAUGAGCAUAUGUUAACCUGCUAUAACCUGAAGCGUCUGGGGAUACUGACGGAUCAAGAGCCUCAGGCCCUGCCUCUCAACAAAGUCACGGCCGGAGUACAGGCAGCUAUCGGCAAGAGGGGUUCCUACAAAAGUCUCUGUAAACGACUGGCAUUGGUAAAUACACAUGAGGCAACAAAUAAAUAUACCAUAGGUAUAUGCAAUAUUGAAAAGGGAAUUUAA